CCGGCCGCCGCCUCACGCCCCGCGAUCGCCGGCGACAGAGGAUUGCUGCUGAUCUGAAAUGCCGACAUCACUUACACUGCUGACACGAUGUAACGCAUACACCAUUUCUUCCCCCAGCUGGAAUCACCAAAUUAUUCACGUUUACAGAGAGACUGAAACUCCAGAGAAGAACUUGGUGAUCUAGGAAAUACGUACCAGUGACAGAACAAGGGAAAGGAGAUCCUGGGCUAUAGUCGGUAGAAAGCUGGACCAUCCACAGGAAAUAGUCUUGGAGGUGCGCUGCAGGUAGAGGCCUGUUUUGCUUUUCAUGUACAAUAAUACUCAGCAUGUUUUUAUUCUAUCACAUGCUGGCCGGAGCCUUUCUUCCAUUCCUCAUCCUUUCAGGAAAUUGGGUUUCAGCUGAGAACAUCAACUUUUACAAUGUGAGACCUCCACUAGACCCCACUCCAUUUCCAAACAGUUUUAAGUGCUUUACUUGUGAUAAUGCAGUGGACAAUUACAACUGUAACAGAUGGGCUGAAGAUAGAUGGUGUCCUGAAAGUACUCAGUACUGUUUGACAGUUCAUCUCUUCACAGACCAUGGGAAGAGUACAUCAGUCACCAAAAAAUGUGCUACUGGAGAAGAAUGCCAUUUUGUAGGCUGCCACCAUCACAGAGAAAGUGGCCACACAGAAUGUGUUUCUUGCUGUGAAGGCAUGAUUUGCAAUGUAGAAAUACCAACCAAUCACACAAAUGCAGUGUUUGCUGUAUUGCACGCCCGGAGAACUUCAGAUGGCAGCAGGAGGACAGUCAACAUUGCAGUGCUUGUAUCAGUCGUGAUGGUGGCGUUGUCGUGAUGCAGCACCCUCCCGUCGAAUCUGCGUGAGAGGGUCCACCUUUCUGUGGGCCACAGGAACCUGUUAGAAGACUGUUGCAUGACGCACCAGGAGAAACUGCUGAUACUUCUUAAUUCCAGAAAAUGUAAGGGGACAGUGGAAAGACGUGUACAUCAUGAAGUCCUUGGAUAUUUUAGUGAAGAUACUUCAUAUGGCCUGCUGUAUUCAAAAAAACCAAACCACAACAACCCACUGGUUGACUAGGCAGUGGAGUGAACUCCAGUUGUUAUCAUUCAUUAAUUUGUGAUGAAAAUGCACAUACACUUGGCAUGUUUUGUCAGCAGAGAAAAGUGUAGACAACCACUUUCCCAGGUGAGAUAAAAAGGAACUUUCGAUGGAUGAUGUGCCAGCAGGAAUCUCAAUGGAAACUUUUGUAAACUGUUUUUCAUUGUGCAUAAACAACAUGGAGCUUCUUGUCUUGAUCAACAGGUGUAUUUAAGCUUAUCUUUAGUUAUGGUUUUCAUAGAGAACAUGUAUGAAAGAGGUUUUUUUUUUUUUCUCUUGAUCAGAGCUAUCAUUUUUAUUGGCAAUAAUACAAAUUAAUACUCAUAUCUUCUGUAAAAUGUGGUUUCACUCAGAUUUUAGAACAGUGUAAAAUGAUGUAGAAUUUCUGUCUAAAAAUGAUGAAUUGUUUGAGCACCUAAAUCAGAAAUCCUUUCCCCCCCACCCUCACAGGGAUUAUUUCCUUGCAAAGUGGUGGUAAUACCAUGACUUUGAAAUUGCAGCUAAGGUCAAGCAGCUACGUUAUCAUAAAAAUUGUAAGUGGGCAUUUGGUGUAAAUAAGGAGAGAAGUCUACUGUGUUCUCUCUUGAUUUGCAGAAGUUUCUCCCAGAAAUAUCGUUGUCCUUGGUGGAUCUUCCCAGACCUCUGGAUAUCAUUGUUAGGUAGCUCUGCCAUCCCCAUUUGAAAAGCUUGGGCCAAGAUUCUAUUUUCCAUUACAGUAUUGGGGGGUUUAAUGAGGUUUAUUUGCAUAGGUUGACCAUUUAAUUCCUUAUCUUUUAGAUGACAAAUAAUAGAGAUUAGAUUACAGUUAGAUGUACUAAAACCUUCUUUGUUUUCCUUUAUAAACCUUGUGUUGCAGACCAGAAUAAAUAAACUGCUUGUGUGAACUUUCACCCCUUCUGGCACAGAACAGUGCUUGCUAGGGCUCUGAUAGAUCGAGCUGUUAUAGACUGGCCUAAACACAGUCUUUAAUAAGUCAGACUUACAGUGGCUGCACUGGUAACUUCAUUAAUGCAUACGUUCUUUGCACUGCAAAGAUUGUAGACACCAGCGGAUACUGAAGUUACAUGAUUUCUCAGUAUGGCUUUGUGUGAUCCGAAAUCCUAACAAAUUUCAGCUGUUCCUGUUUGCCCGAUUGUGUUUCUUCCAACUCCCCACCAUUUUCAUAAAAUUCCUCUGACAGCCUAAGGUACUGCAGCACAGCUAAGGGUUCAACCUAGCAAGGAUGAAGAAUUGCAUUUCACUUUUUUCUUCUUCUAAACUAUUUUAUUCAUUUGCAAAUGUACUGGUUUGAUUAGGAAGAAGAUAGACUGUUCUUUUCUUUUUCUAGUGGCUUUUUCUCAUCUUAAAUGAGAUGGUUAAAAUUACGAUUAACUGUUGGAAUAUUUUUCAGGAAGGAGGGAUGAUUAAAACUUAAUCUUGAAAAGAGAUUCAAAACUGUUCUCUGAAAAACUCAAGUAACUAUAAAUUGGGAUUUUUUUUUUUACAUAAAUAUUGGCUUCAUUAUUUACUAUUUUACAUCCCUAAAUAUAUUUAGCAGUUGGAAAACCAGAUUUUGAAAUGGUUUUGGUUUUGUUUACAUUCUAAAAUUGCCUACAGAAUGUUUUUAGAAUAUAUAAAAAUGUCUAAAAGUCAGUCUGUGAUUCGUUGACAGGUAAUUGCGUAGUUACAAAAAUUGGAUGGAAACACUUUUUCCUUGCCGAUGCAAUAUAGUUCUUGCUGUCUAAGUCAAGGUUUCCCAAGCUCUGGGUUCCGAUGACCAUUGCUGUGCCAUCCAACAGGCCAAGAUGCUGAGGAUGUUUUGAGGAAAUUUUUACUUUGUUCACUGACCGUCUCUAGGUAACAUAUCUAUAGUAUUAAUCUUGCUGUCAGACAUAGUAACAAGUACAGUCGAUGUUUUUGCUCAUUAAACAUCAUCUUUUUGCUACAUGAUCUACGGGGUACUUGAACUUUUUUCUUGUGGGGAAAAUCAUUCUGGGUUUGCUCUCUGCUCAACGGGGAAUUCCUCAGUAAAAUGAAAGCAAGUUGACUUCCACGUUUUGGGUCACAGUAUUUUUCCUGGUUUUGCCUCUAAGCGCUAGGUGCUCCUGUAAUUCAGUUUCUGGGAAUAAUUAUUGCAAUCUUAACAAGGCCUUAAAGUGCCCUAUAGCCUUAUAAGAGUUUACUGUAAAUAAUUUACAAUAAUCUAAGUGCUGACAUUUGUUUACACUACAAAUGCCAUUCCAGAGUGUUUGGGAGUGCCAGGGAGACCCUGGAGCCCUGCCCAGAGAGAGGGCUCAGGCGCAGAGAAAUGGGCUGCAGGUUCUCUGCAACUGCCAAAAGACCUUUUGGGAGAGGAGGUCUCUGUGUGCUUGUUUUUCAUCAUUAAACUGAAUAUUUAUUUUUUUUUUUAUCCCUGUCUGCCAUACUGAAAAGUUAAGAAAUCUGCUCAUAAUUUAAACAUUGAAUGCAUUUGGUAAAGAACUGUUUGGAAUAAAAAAAAAAAAAAAAUUGAAUUCCACUGAAGUGCAAAAAUAGUAUGCUUGAUUUUAGUGAUAAUCUUUUAAAAUUAACAAUAGAGACAGCAACCUGGGUAUAUGAAAGGAUUUGGUGUCGCCAGAGGUUUAUUUUUUAGCGUAAUAGAAUUCCAAUAGUGGAGGAUAUUAAGGAUGAGUUCUAGUCAUCUUGAUACAUCAAUACGUUUGUUAUUGCAAAGUUUGGGACUAUCGUUUCUAGAAAAAUUAAUAUGCAAGAACUAUUAAUGCAAUGUUAAUGCUGCACAAAUAGGCACUUGGCUGAAGAAAUCUAGAAUUUAAGAGUGAGUAUCAAUUUUACCCUUUGCUGCUUUUUGUGUAUGUAAAAGCCUGUAUGCUUCUGCUUGCAUUGUAUUUUAGGCCAAUGUUAAAUGCUAACUCUGUAGGAAAAGGAUUAUGUGCUGAUUAUUAGAGAAAAUAGUGCUAAAAUUCACCUGAGUGCAUAAUUUUGUCAUGACUAAUGAUUGACCGCAUAGGCAAUCUUAACAUUAAUUUAUAGUAGAACCUUUGUAUUUGAUUAAAUAGAUUCAAGUAUCUGCUAGAUUUGCUCUUCAGAUAUCUGUCUGAAGUGCUCACUGAGGAACUCACAAGAGUAUUACUUGAUUUGAGAGACGUAAUUUUCAGGCACUCCAUAACGUAUGUAUUUCACACAUCUCAAAUUUGGUUCACAGAUGUUGUAACUUAAAUAUGCAUGACUUGUUGCUGCCUAAAUUAGCCACGUGGCUUUGGAAAUGAUGUUUCUGUAAAUGCACAUCCAUAACUUUAUAUGCAGAAAUAUGUUUGCUAAUACUUCUGUGGACACCCAGCUUCCGACAUUAACAUGGUAAACACUGUGUUCUCACUCGGGAAUGGCAGCGGGUGCCACACUCACAUACGUUCGUGGGCAAAAUGGUCCCUUUGUGUUGCCCUCAGAACCUGGGAAGAAUUCAUGAGUAAUGGCAAGUAAAUCAAUUUGUGCAGUUGAAGAAAGAUAAGUGUCAUUUUAUGAUACAGGUGUGUAAUUUUUUUUUUUUUUUUUUUACAUUGCACUGGGCAGUCUAUAGAGGAUUUAUUUUUAAAAGCUUAAAUACAGAAAAACUUCUUUGCUACUCAGUGUUGGUUUGUGUGAUGCUUUCUUACUGCUGUGUUUUAAAUCUUCUCCAGAAAUGACACUUUUUAAUUAAAAACAUUAAAACAUGA